CCCCAGCAACUACCCCCAUUACCCUCAUAACUUAUAUCCAAUUUGCCUCCACCACCACCACCACCUCCUCCUCCGUAGACAUCAGCUCCACCAUCACCACCACCACAAUCACCUCCUUUUCAGACAUCAGCUCCCCUACUUCUACUACCAUUAUCGAUAGAUGUCCUAAUCCUACCCUCACCCAUAUUAUCAAAACUCUAAAAAAAAAAUGUCUCUUAGAGCAAGGCCAAUUCCUUCCAAGGAAACAUCGAUAUCUAAUACACCUCCAAUCACUACCACUACUUCAAGUGAUUCAGAUGAUGAUAACACACCUGAAACCUUAAAAUCCCAACCACCACCACCAACAUCGCCGUCCUUCUCACAAGGUGCAAUCUCUCAAACCCUAACAAGCACAGCCAACUUAGCUAACCUCCUCCCAACCGGCACCAUCCUCGCCUUCCAACUCCUCACACCGAUCUUCACCACCAACGGCUCAUGUGACUCCGCCACACGCCCCAUGACACUCAUCCUCCUCCUUCUCCUCGCCACAUCCUGCUUCCUUAGUUCCUUCACCGACAGCUUCAAGUCACCAGAAGGACAAGUCUACUAUGGCUUCGCAACGUUCAAAGGGAUGUGGCUCUUCGACUACCAAUCAAAUACAGGGCUUCCAGAUUUGAGUAAGUACAGGGUGACCCCCAUUGAUGUUGUUCAUGCAGUGUUGUCAAUGUUGGUGUUUGUUGCAGUGGCUUUGAGGGAUAAGAAUGUGUUGAGUUGCUUUUAUCCAAAGCCUGCCCAUGAAACUCAAGAGGUUUUGGACAUAGUUCCUAUUGGGAUUGGGCUCAUUUGUAGCUUGUUGUUUAUGGUUUUUCCUACUAGAAGGCAUGGCAUUGGUUACCCUGUUACACCAGGCAAAUAAUUCUCUACUUUUUACUUUUUAAUUUUUCAUUUUCAUUAGAUGAAAAGAUGUAAUGACUUGAUUUAUUUGUUUUUGUUUUUUUCUAAAAACAAAAUAAACAUAUAUUGACAGAUUUCAUGGUCAUCGUUAACAUUACUCUUGUUAUUUGCUUUUAGAUUGUGAUUUAUUAUG